GGGAGGCGGGGCGGUGUUCGCGGAAAACCGAGCGGAGCGACGGAAGCGGUGAGAUUCGAGAAAAGAAAAAGAGAGGUUGGAAAGAUGUGUGGGAUCGCACUGUGAACGAUACCGCAGGUACAGUCGAACGCAGGUUACGGAGCUGCACCAGGCCGCGGCAAGACCGCAGUGAAGCCUGCCUCUUCUACACCACCUAACCCCGCGUAAUCCCCGCAACGCAAUGUCUGGCGGAGGAGAGUUAAGGUACGCCCGCAAGGAGACUGGACAAGAGAGCCCGAGGAUGCCGGCCUGGAAGCGAGAGAUCUUGGAGAGGAGGAAGGCGAAGAGCGGGGGCUCAGGGGGAGCCACGGAGAAUGGCGCAGGUGGGAGUCUAAAACGCAGUAAUGGGGAACAAACGAUUAACGGUGCCAAUAGUGGCGUACCUAACCGAGACGACUCGCACUCCGGACGAAACUAUUCCAACACGGCGACCAGUCAGCACAUCGCCAACAACAAAGAAAAAAGACCGGUGGCUUUGGAAGGGACAGCGAGAAGUCAAGUUGACGGACAAGAGAGCUUGGUGCUCCAGGAGAGUCUGGGCCCGCUGGAACAGAACCCCUUCAUCAAGCUGGAGAAGGAGCGACGGAGGCGACAGGACAGGGAAAACGCCACUCGUCCGAUCCAACACAUUUUGGAGCUUUACGGUAAUGUUCCUGGAAUACGGACAAUCCGAGCGGAGAAUAUUCUCAUAAUCGAGUCGGAUCCCGAUUACGCUCUCGAAGGCGAAGGAGUAAAAAGUCCCAUUUGGCAACAAAACGGUUAUAGCUCAAUGAAUGAUCUGUUGGAAAGAAGAGGGAAUGCUAUAACUGAGAUAAGAGCAAAGGAAGUGGUCAUUUAUGACACUACGUUGAGCAAGAGUGAGGAGAACUUGAGCACCCUCGGUCGACCGAACCACAGAGACCCAUCAUGUGAGGCAGGUGAGGGGCAAGGGAUGGUGAGCCGAAUACUGCAGAAAUUUGACUCCAACUACGGGAAGCUGCAGAAAAAAUCUCACAGCACUGAGAACCUGCUAGAUCUAGAUGGAAGUGCCAGCAGAAGACAGAGAAGCCGGGCCAAGCCGCAGCUCGAUCUGAUGCCAAAGCCCAAAACAGAUUGGGUCAAAAACUCGAGCAGCAAGCAGUCGUCAUCGCCUGUCCUCCUGAGUUCUCCAAAAGCAAAACCGCAUUCUCCCGUACUUGAGACGGCUGGUCCUCAGCACAACAUUGAAUCUUCUAAACCGGCGUCUUCCUUCCGGCAGCAACUUGAAGAGAGCGGUGAUCAUCGGACAGCGGCCACACCAAGGGAUGAACCAGACGAGGCGCACAAGAUGAUUUCGGAGCUGAUCCUCAAUUCCACGGUGCCAUCAUCAAUGCAGAGUCGUCACGCCGUCUCAUCCAAGGUGUUGCACAAGUCACGUGACUUUGAAAUUUGUCCGUCCCCUAAGCCAGACCUCUCCCAAAUACCCGCUGAAGAUACUCAGGCACGGGCCCUGGCAAAUCUGCGUAUCCAGUCUAAAAACUCUUUUAUGGUGAUUCCCAAGCGACAUCUUGCAGCCACACUUGAAAGUGGCCAGACGGCAUCACCUAGCCCUGCUAUAACGUCCCCUUCUCACAGAGUGGCAGAGCAGCCUGUGUCAGGAGUGCCAUCUUCUCACAUAUCUACACCUGCAGUAAUGCUCCAAAAACUGAAGGAUGCAAAAAACGACAAGGAAGGGGCGCGCCUGUGUACGCCCCACUCACUUCCGUCUGUUGCCACAUCUCCUUCAUCGCCUACGCUCUCACAGAAUCUGUCUCCAUCUCCUACCACACUUUCUCCACCUGCCUUGACUUCUCCUCCCUCUUCUCCAGUUGUCCCAUUAUCACCCACUUUAUCUCCACGUGCCCUUUCACGGGACCCUUCGCCUCCCCCCACAACUGUAGUCACUCCUCCUGCAGAACAUCUGCCUGUCACAAACAUAGAUGACAUUGAUGUGGGAACCCCACUUCGUGCCCCUGCACACAGCCCCAUAGCGCAGAGGAGGAAGGGGAACACUUUUACUGUGGUGCCUAAACGCCGGGCAGAGGCUGAGGUUAAGCCCAGUUCACCUGAACCCCAAGAAGAUCCCUCAAGUGAUGCCUCACCGGGAUCUACGCCCCCUCAGGCCCCAUACACUCAACUGGGCUCUCUGCUUAAGAAACGCUACCCAGCUGUAGAUGAGAUUGAGGUCAUCGGUGGGUACCUUUCCGUCGGAAAGUCCUGUCUUUCCAAGUCGGGCACCCUUGGCAACAAGAAGCUGAAGAUUUCCUUCAAUGAGUCAAGUCUCCACAGUACGUAUGAGUACCCGUCAGAAAGCAGCACGUGGGACAGCGGCGAGGAGGCAGACGAGGACAAACGUGAAACAAAGGUCAAGGAAGAACUGCCCAGCAUGGUGGGACGCAUCCACAUCCCUCGUCCCAGUUUCACAAGCUCGCCCGCACACACUAACAGCAGCAAUGACCUUGCAAACUACGUUCCCAAGCACUCGAUAGACUUCAGCACCUGGCAAGAAUACAAGCAAGAGGACAGUGUUAAUAAGGAGGAGUCCUCUUCACACCAAACACAGACAACAGAGGAGGUCAUGCUAACACCAGCAGAUAGUUCGUCCCUGUCUGACUACAGUAGCGAGCCAGCGCUCUACUUCUGAUCACUUGGUCUAAUCAGCACAAAAGUAGGACC